AUGGUGUCCACUACAUUGCGAAAGAUUGUAUCCCCUUGCUGGAGGCCCUCCGUCGAGAAUGAUGGUCAGAAUAGCAAUAGAGGCAGCGAAACUGGUUGUCGGGUUGAGGGGUUAUGGUGGUACAAAGAUUCAGGAAACCACGUCCAUGGGGAAUUUUCGCUGGCUGUAAUACAAGCAAAUAACGUGUUAGAAGAUUAUAGCCAGGUGGAAUCAGGGCCACUGAGCUUGGAAGAAUCAGGUCCUCAAGGAACAUUUGUUGGAAUUUAUGAUGGCCAUGCUGGUCCAGAGGCUUCUCGGUUUAUAAGCGAUCACCUUUUUGACAAUAUCAAGAGAUACACAUCAGAGAAACAAGGAAUGUCAGCAGAUGUCAUAACCAGAGCUUUUUUGGCAACUGAAGAGGAUUUCCUUUCUUUAGUGGAAAGAGAGUGGCUAGAUAGGCCACAUAUUGCUUCUGUUGGAUCAUGCUGUUUGGUAGGUAUAGUCUGUAGUGGGGUGUUGUACAUUGCAAAUGCUGGUGAUUCUCGUGCUGUCUUAGGGAGAAUGGAAAAAUCAGUGAAAGAAGUGAAAGCUGUCCAGUUGUCAUACGAGCAUAAUGCAAGUUACCCAUCAGUGAGAGACGAGUUGCGAACCUUGCAUCCAGAUGAUCCAGAAAUAGUAGUUCUGAAACACAAGGUUUGGCGUGUGAAGGGUCUUAUUCAGGUUUCAAGAUCAAUCGGCGAUGCUUAUUUGAAAAGAGCCGAGUUCAAUAGAGAGCCUCUGUUGCCAAAGUUUAGACUGCCUGGAACAUUUGAGAAGCCUAUCCUUAAAGCUGAGCCAUCAAUACUUGUACAGAAGCUCUAUCCGGAAGAUCAAUUUGUUAUCUUUGCUUCUGAUGGACUUUGGGAGCAUCUUAGUAAUCAAGAAGCGGUUGACAUUGUUCUGACUUGCCCGCGAAAUGUAGGAUCUCUGUUUGAUCUAUUCAAAUUUAAACCAUUUAUUUGUCAUGCUUUGGUCCAUGUUGUGUGUUCCCUUGUUUUUGAAUGCAUAGUGAACAACUUGUAUCAUUAA